UAGGGCCUGGGGUGUGCCCUGCAACUGGGGGGUGGGGCUGGAUGUUCUUGGAGUCAGGGAGCAGCAGCCUCCCACAGGAUGUGAGAGAGGAACUGGGGUCUCCAGUCACGGGAGCCAGGAGCUGGCCAGGGCCGCAGGCAGGAAGGGAACGAGGCUGAAGGGAACGUCGUCCUCUCAGCAUGGGGGUCCCGCGGCCUCAGCCCUGGGCGCUGGGGCUCCUGCUCUUUCUCCUGCCCGGGAGCCUGGGCGCAGAAAGCCGCCUCUCCCUUCUGUACCACCUCACCGCGGUGUCCUCGCCUGCCCCGGGGACUCCUGCCUUCUGGGUGUCUGGCUGGCUGGGCCCGCAGCAGUACCUGAGCUACAAUAGCCUGCGGGGCGAGGCGGAGCCCUGUGGAGCUUGGGUCUGGGAAAACCAGGUGUCCUGGUAUUGGGAGAAAGAGACCACAGAUCUGAGGAUCAAGGAGAAGCUCUUUCUGGAAGCUUUCAAAGCUUUGAAGGGAAAAGGUCCCUACACUCUGCAGGGCCUGCUGGGCUGUGAACUGGGCCCUGACAACACCUCGGUGCCCACCGCCAAGUUCGCCCUGAACGGCGAGGAGUUCAUGAAUUUCGACCUCAAGCAGGGCACCUGGGGUGGGGAUUGGCCCGAGGCCCUGGCUGUCAGUCAGCGGUGGCAGCAGCAGGACAAGGCGGCCAACAAGGAGCUCACCUUCCUGCUAUUCUCCUGCCCUCACCGCCUGCGGGAGCACCUGGAGAGGGGCCGCGGAAACCUGGAGUGGAAGGAGCCCCCCUCCAUGCGCCUGAAGGCCCGACCCGGCAGCCCUGGUUUUUCCGUGCUUACCUGCAGCGCCUUCUCCUUCUACCCUCCGGAGCUGCAACUUCGGUUCCUGCGGAAUGGGCUGGCCGCUGGCACCGGCCAGGGCGACUUCGGCCCCAACAGUGACGGAUCCUUCCACGCCUCGUCGUCACUAACAGUCAAAAGUGGCGAUGAGCACCACUACUGCUGCAUCGUGCAGCACGCGGGGCUGGCGCAGCCACUCAGGGUGGAGCUGGAAUCUCCAGCCAAGUCCUCCGUGCUCGUGGUGGGAAUCGUCAUCGGUGUCUUGCUACUCAUGGCAGCGGCUGUAGGAGGAGCUCUGUUGUGGAGAAGGAUGAGGAGUGGGCUGCCAGCCCCUUGGAUCUCCCUUCGUGGAGACGACACCGGGGCCCUCCUGCCCACCCCGGGGGAGGCCCAGGAUGCUGAUUCGAAGGAUGUAAAUGUGAUCCCAGCCACCGCCUGACCAUCCGCCAUUCUGACUGCUAAAAGCGAAUGUAGUCAGGCCCCUUUCAUGCUGUGAGACCUGGAACACUGGCAUCUCUGAGCCUCCAGAAGGGGUUCUGGGCCCAGUUGUCCUCCCUCUGGAGCCCCGUCCUGUGGUCUGCCUCAGUUUCCCCUCCUAAUACAUAUGGCUGUUUUCCACCUCGAUAAUAUAACACGAGUUUGGGCCCGAA